AUGCGUGUUGAUCCAAUAACUAAAACAACAUCAGAUGUUCCAUGUGAUUUCGGUUCAAAAUAUGAUGAUUAUUGUCGUCAAUAUCAUUUAUUACCUUUAUCAGUUGUUAAAAUAAAACUUGAUUCGGGAAUUAUUGAUUUAGAUACUGAUAAUCUUCGACUUGAUGAUUGGACACCAUUAUGUUCUGCUAUUGGAACAUGUAAAACACUUCGUUCUCUUACAUUACGUAGCCAAUAUUAUAAUUCAUUAUCAAAUAAUUUUGCUGAAGCUGAACGACGAACAUUAAAACGAGCUUCAUCUGCUUCAAAACGUCCACCAAUAUUUCAAUCAAAAGAAUUACUUUCAAAAAUUUGUACACAUAUUAAAGAUAGUCUUUUAAUAACAACAGAACUUGUCUUACUUGAAUUUGAUGGUCUUCCAUUUCGACGUAAAGAUUUAACAAUUUUAGCUCAAGGUAUUGCAAAAUGUAAAUCACUCGUUCAUUUUCGUCUUACCAAUAGUCCCAUUGGUGAUGAAGGACUUGAUAUUCUUUGUCGACAUUUGAAUCAAGCACCAAAAAUUCGUGAAGUCGAUUUUUCAGCUUGUUCACUCACCAGUCAAGGUGCACAUAUUAUUGCUGAUCUUAUUAGACAACAAGGAAAUCGACGUCAUACAGAUGUUUGGAAAGAAAGUCUUCGUCAUCAACAAAAAGAAAGUUUACCAUAUCAAAAUCCAAUGCUUGAUCAUAUGUCUGGUUUACGACGUGUAACACUUAAUCGAAAUCCACUAAUUGCUGAUCGUGGUGCAACAUUUUUAGCUGAAGUACUUGAAGCUGAUCUUUGGAUUAAGGCUCUCGAUCUUCAAGAUUGCGCAAUAUCAACAAAUGGUGCAAAAGAAUUUUUAAAUGCAGCUAAAUACAAUAGUCUGAUACAUAUAAUUGAUAUUCGUAAUAAUCCUCUUGUCGAUCGUGAUAUAAUGGAAAAAUUAAUUGAACAAUUAUUAAUUAAUUGUGAAGAUGAUCGUUUAUGUGAAUAUAAAUGGUUAAAACUUGAAUCUCCUCGACGUCCACGUUCAAAAAUUGCUCGAACAACAACAACAACAGGUGCUAAUCGACCAGCUUAUUUUAAUCCUAAAACACCGAUUGAUCCAACUAAAUUACAACGUAGUAAAUCAACUGGAUCAGUUUCAACUGAACCAAGAAGUGAUGGAAUACCAUGGAGAACAGCUGCUCGUGCAAGUCGAUUGCCUGGAUUUCCACCUAAAUUACCAACACGUGCUUUUCAUUCAUCAGAAGAAUCGAUUUAUGGUGCUGGUAUUGGUGGUGAUUUGCAACAACAACAACAAUCAAUAAAAGAAAAUCCAAUCAGUCGAAUACAAAGAUUAGAAAGUAAAUUACGUGAAGAACGUCAAGCUAAAAAACAAUUAGAAGAACAACUUCAACAAGUUUUAGCAAAAAAUGAUCUAGCACAACGGGAACAAGAUCAUUUUUGUGCUGUAGUUGAAAAUACAUUUCAAAAAUUUCAAAAAUUUCUUGAUUUUCUUCGAUCAAAACGUUUGGGUGAAUUAAUAACUAUGGCUGGUCUUGAUGAUGCCUUUACUAAUCCACUUGAUGAAUUUCGUGAAACAUCAUUAACUGUUGCCAAUGGAUCGAAUGCAAAUCAUCAAUUGGUAACAGGAGAAAAAAGUAAAGAACCACCACAAUUAUCAUCAUCAUCAUCAUCAUCAUCAUCAUCGGCAUCAUCAGAGUCGAAUAAUAAAAGUUGA